GUUACAGAUAAGGAUGAAGUUGAAAAAUGAAUAAAUUGUUUAAUAACGAAUAAUGUAUUCCUCCUUUUCAGAGCCAUACUGUCAGAUGACGUUUGAUGGAUGGUCCUGCUGGCCAAAUACUCCAGCAGGAAGCACAGCAUACGCUCCGUGUCCAGAUUUCAUCACUGGCUUCGAUGCAUCGUUGAGGGCUCACAAAUACUGCGAAGCAAAUGGCACCUGGUUUCGACAUCCGGUGUCUGAUCAAGUCUGGAGCAAUUACACGACCUGUGUCAAUUUGAAAGAUCUGAAUUGGCAGCAGGGGAUUAGCGGAAUUUACGAGGCUGGAUAUGCAAUAUCAUUGGUAGCAUUGCUGCUCUCAUUAGGUAUUCUCACGUAUUUCCGUUCCCUGAGGUGUGCAAGGAUCACGCUUCAUAUGAACCUGUUCGCCUCGUUUGCUGUGAAUAAUGCUCUAUGGCUAGUAUGGUACAGAUGCAUCGUCGCGAACACGGAUUUACUAUUGAACAAUGGGAUAACGUGUCGCCUGCUGCACAUUAUCCUCCACUACUUCCUGCUCACUAAUUACGCCUGGAUGUUGUGCGAGGGUUUUUACCUGCACACCCUGCUCGUUAGCGCUUUCACAAGCGAACACAAAUUAGUAAAGUGGCUGAUGGGCCUGGGAUGGCCUGUGCCUGCGGUCAUCGUCACGAUUUAUGCCUCUUUGAGGGCGACCAGCGACGACCCUGCCGAUACUGAACAGUGUUGGAUCAACGAGGGUAACUACAUAAACGUGCUGGUUUAUCCCGUCUGCGUUUCCACCUUAUUGAACGUCCUGUUUCUCUUCAACAUCGUUCGAGUUCUGUUGAUGAAGCUGAGAGCUGGCCCCACGAUCGGCACUCAACCCUCGAGGUCUAUGCGACAGGCAUUCAGAGCAACGCUACUUCUCGUACCUCUUUUGGGCCUACAUUACCUCGUCAUCCCCUUCAGACCGCCGAAGAACCACCCCUGGGAGCAGUUCUACGAAGUUCUUUCUGCCAUUACAGCCUCUUUCCAGGGUCUCUGCGUGGCUGUGUUGUUCUGUUUCUGCAAUGGGGAGGUGAUAGCGCAGUUCAAGAGGAAAUGGGAGGGCACGGCUCUACUGCGGAAUCGAGCCAAUUCCUGUACAGCCACCACCGUCUCGGUCCGAUGCCGGGAGAAGAGAAGGUGUGACUAUCAAUCGUCCGCGCCGGAUGUGCUGGACGAAAAACGAAUCUUGGAUGACCGUCAACAGACCGUGCAGUUGAUCGCUGCAAAUCCCGUCCCUAAUAGUCACACCAAUCAUGCCAGGGUUCUUGUCAAAUCGAACGACGCAUCCAAUUGCGAGCAGACGCAAUGUUGAUGAUCCUGACAACCUAUGACGAGAGACUGACAAGAUAUGAGACUGCUACUGGAAAAUGGACGUCACUAGGGAAGAUCAAAGGCGAGUCGAAGAUCAA